CUCAUUGCUUAUGUAGCUAACACUCCAGAGGAGCUCGUCAUUGCUUGCAUUACCAUAAAUGCAUCACCCAUCACUGUGGCUACAUGUGCCAACUUUGGGGACCCAGACCAUCAUCCUCUUUGUAAAGACUCAUCUACACUUGCUAAUAUUCACAAAGUCAUCAUAUCCAUCUCUCCAUCUGAACUUGUGGCAUUUUUCAAGAAGUGCAAACAAUAUCACCUAAAUGGUGUCCAACAGCCAUUGUGGAUGGAUUGGGUCACUGUGGAUCCUUCUUCUUUCCUUAUGCUGGAAUCGCUCCAUCACUUUCACAAGAUAUUCUUUGACUAUGACCAUGUCUGGUGUGUUAACAUUGAUCAGUAG